CCAGGUUUCCAUCGUUCUUGGGGCUGUCGGCGGCGCCACAGGGAGCCCACAGGGUCGUCAGAGGCCUCGUAGGGGCUCCAAAUCUCGUAUGUACGAAGUAGCACGCGCGACGCACAACGCAUAGGAGCAUGGUGAACUUGGAACGACAAUGCCCUGUGCACUGUGUGCUGCGAACUUGCGCCAGACCAGAGAGGCACUAAAAUUGCAUUUGUCCGUCCCCUCGAAACUCCAGUGUCCUUCACCGCGCUCGUGGGCCGCUACCGAGAACUGAGAACCCUCACCUCACGACAUGCAGGGGUCCAUCACAUCCACCAUGGGUCGCCCGGCACUCGACAUGACAUCACUCCCUUGCUUUUCCACAUCUCUGCCCUCUGGCCCUACGGGUUUCGGCCGCCGGCUUCAUCUUGGCGCCAAGCAUUUCUACCAGAACAAGCGUUCAGUUCGGCAACGAACUCUCGGGUCAGGGUGCGUGCCAGAUCAAACGUCCACAUUCAGAGCCCCUUGCCCCCUUGUCCCCUUGUCCAAUCCCGCCGCCAUGUCAUUGGUGGAAAUGGUGCCUGGCAGGUGCAGCCCAGGGCCGGUCGGUCCAUAUCUCUAUUCUUCUUUUCUAGUCUUUUUCUUUGGCUGGUUUACAGUGGAGAGUGAAAUGGUGGUGGCCUGGGAUAAAAACCCGAUUCGGAUACGUAUGUCUUGGCAACAAAAAGCUUGGCAUCCAAGCUUUGUUUCAACUGCUUCUACGGGAUUUUCAACAAUGCUACUCUAAAUUGAAAUGGGAUUCCGAGAAUGGAUGCAUUCCAUCAUCCGCCUCAAAAUCCCUUCAGUUGAAUUACCAUCAAUUCAGUCCAGCCUUUGGGGGUCCUUUGGGGGUCGUCUAUCGUUGUCAUUCCGAAUUCCC